GGCGCUCUGGAAUUUGCUUCCAUCGUCGUUGUAGAAAACGGCUGUCAACGGGCUGCUUGCACUCUGUUCAGCUUCCUCUUGCGUGACUUUCCUUGGUAUGCCUUUACUGAAGCAACUUGAGACUGUGUCAUCCCCCCCUCGCCUUGACAAUCUACCGCCUAUCUCGCAAGAAGCUCGUGGAAACGCGACAAAAACAAUGUCGCAUCCUGGAAGGGGGAAUGUUGCAAGCGACAUGUUACAUGAAGUUUUACAAGUCAUGAAGCGGCAGCAAGGAGACGACGUUCGAUCAAAGCAGUGCAGCACGCAGGACCAGCAGGUCAUGAGCGAGCACGCGCAACAUCGGUCGAACAUGAAGCGGCAGUCUUUUAAUGGAGCACCGUUGCCUUCUGCGGCAGGUCGACUGGGGGGACGCCAGCCAUCAACAGAUACUCUUGGCAAGGGAUCUACUGUAGCAUAUCCCCCACAGCGACGCUUCUCUUAUGCUAUUGAAAACCACCCACCAAUUCCGUACCAAGGGCAUCCGCAAUCUCAUCAACCACGACCCGCCGCAUACCGUCUCGGUCCUACGCCUACUCCUGCUCCUGCUCAACCUCCACAUCCCCCAGUCCCACAUGCACGAUCUGCCAAUCCAACCAUUGCAGCAAUUCACAAGAAGCCUGAAGAAGACGAAGAUGAUGACGUACCUCUCGGCGUGCUGAUGCAAAUGGGGCGAUUGCCAUUUCAGUCAAAGGAAUCCUCUGGUCGUCAAGGAAAUGCUCCGAAUGCCCGCCAAGUGUAUAAUUGUUUUCCCCACCCCCUUCCCUCUCCGCCCAUCAAUCCAAGGCGAAUUCACAGCACAUCUUUCGAACAUCUUCACAACCCUGCUCCGGCCUCUUCAAAGAGGAUUUCACGCCAUAGUGUUGUCAUCGAUCCCAUUGUUAGUCAACCCCGGGAAGACCAUCGCCGCAACCGCCAAUCUUCAUUUGUACCUCCUUUAUCAUAUCGCAAUUCGGCGACUGACGUCACCCCGAACACCACAGGCAGAGAGGUCAAAAAUAGCCGUCAGCGCCCAACAUCUAUGGUUCUAGGAUAUGGCUCCUCUGGUGGAGCCGCAGUGCAUAUACCCCCGCAGCAACAAGAGCACAGUCCUUGUACUCCGCCAAUGACUCCUGUGCCUGCAAAUCUCUCGGAACGUCUCCCGGCUCCGCCUCCUUUGUUACAAUUCACUCAGGUUGAUUUUAAGACGUCCAAGACUCUCCGUGAGUUGGCUCGUUCGACCCAACCUACACCUACGCCGUCGGAGAGCAGCGGGAGUGGAACAGGAAGUGGGCACAGCAGUGAUGCUGCUCGGAAGCUGCGGAGAUCAUCACGAAUGUCUGUAACUAUGCCACCGUUGGAAUAUCAAAAGCCAGUCGCUGGUGAUAUGAAGAGAGCUAGUUUUGCGGGAUGAUAUUAUUACUGUAAACUUGGAUGCUUAUGUAACUACAUAGCUGUAGCUUGUAGACUUUGUAGACACGGACCACAAAUAAUAAACCUUGUUUUAGCUACA